AUGCGAGAUGUGUUUUACAUUUUUCGGCCACUUGUUAUGAACAGUGUUGGUCACAGUUGGCUGGCCGGCCGCGAAAAGCAUGCUUCAGGCUUCUUCAGGCUUGCAGAUCGCUUCCCCAGUCGCUUUUCGUUUUGCAGGAGACUCGCGGAGAUGGAGCAGGCAUCACAGCAGUACGCAGCCAAGCUGGUUGGUCCAGGGGACAUGCUGAGCGGGCGUGUCCGGGCAUCCGUGGCAAAGGAAGCCUACGCUUCACUCGAUGAUCGUGAUGUGUGGAAGCAGUUAAAGGCAUCUCCGAAGGACGCCGGACUGCUGGACCGAAUGCUUGCCAUUGAGCACACGUUCACAGGUGAAUGUAGCCCGACACUUGCUUGUGUGGUUCAUGCCGUCCUUCAUUUGCAGCUGACCACAAACCCAGAAUGGUACAACGCCGUAUUGGAACGUGUGGCUGCUGAGCUCAUUGCUGAUGGAGAGAUGGACGCGAAGGCCACAUUUGAAGACAAAGCUAUGUGCCUCACGGAGAUCAUUGCCGUGGCCGCUGGUGGGGCCGGCUUGGCAGCAUUCUACAAGGCUCUUGAAAAGCCCCUGCCUCCUUUGCCAGCCAGUGCUUCGGGCUCACCACUUUUUAAGGGCCUGAGGGAUUUCUACACCGGAAAGAUCGUCGUCACCUCCGGCUAUGGCUAUCAGUUGAACGAGAAGGAGGCAUCAAAGAUUUCGGAGGCGGCUCUCAAGAAAGCGGGCUGGACCUCCAUGGCCGAGUACAAGCCAAACCUCGAAAGCGUGAAUCCGUUCGUCAAGCUGUCCCUGACGCCGUACUCGAGUCUGGCCCAGCAAGACUGGAUGGAAGUGCAGUAUAUUCCGCCUGUGGAUGUGAGUGAAUUUGCGGCAAAGCCGCCGCCGUCACGGUGCCUGUCUCGUCCAGAUUUGGAGGUCGUGGCAGCUGCGUACGCGGGAGCCGUGACUUGCCAUUUCUGA